AUAACGGAUGCACUUCAGACUUACCUGUUCUGUGGUAAGAACUCGUAAGACGAAUAUCAGAUUUAUUGCAUGGAAACAAAUGGGACGGUAACAGACCCUACGUGGUGUCACCCGAGCCGCAAGAAUAAAAAUUGAAAGGUUUCCAUGCAGAUUCCUAUUUGAAGCGGCAUUACAGGCCCCAAUUUUCACUUCAAGCGAAGCAAGUGUGUUCAUUAGAAUGCACUUAUUUUGAUUAGAGGGUGUGAGUUCGAGUGCGGCUGAAAGGGAGCGUUAAUAAAGCUUAAAAUCGCAGAGAGGCUAACGAGAUGGCUGGAAGAAGGGUCUGCGCUGGUUUCGUCGUUUUGUUCCUGACGUUAAGGGAAAGCUGGUGUUACUCAUGCAACCGAACAGCACAAGAACUCAUCAAAUGGAUCAAGAGCGGCCAAUACGACAAUACGGUCAGGCCAAAUGUUACAGGGGGACCGGUAAUUGUAGACGUGGAGGCGUAUGUCGCCUCAAUCGGAGCGAUAGAUGAGAAAAAAAUGGAAUUCUCGGUAGACAUAUUUUUUCGUCAAAGAUGGAGGGAAGAAAGACUUUGCUAUCUACCGCAAGCUGGGAAGGGCAGUGGUCAGCGGCUGAUCCUAAACCCAGUCCUCCUAAAAAACACUUGGAGACCGGAUGUGUUCAUCAAGAACAGCAAGGAAGCGCGCUUCCACGAGGUGCCCUCAGACAAUGUUAUGUACGGCAUCUCCCCUGACGGGAAUAUCCUCCUAAGCUCCAGAAUCACUACAACUCUCAGCUGCCAGAUGAAUUUCAGACGCUUCCCAAUGGACGUCCAAAAAUGCCAUUUCCAGACCGGAAGCUAUGGGCAUACCGAGGAUGAUAUCGUCAUUCGCUGGCGGGGAGGAAAGGGCUUGAUCAUCUCAGACGAAGUAGAGAUCUCUCAGUACUCGAUUACAGACGUGACGAGUCGCGACUUUAAAGGCGUGUACAAUACGGGCGUUUUCUCUGAGCCCAUAGCUACCAUAGAACUGAAACGUCGCCUGAUGUACUACGUGUAUGGAUACUACCUCCCCGCAGGCCUUGUGGUCUUCCUAAGCUGGAUCUCCUUCUGGAUUGACCCCCGUUCCGUUCCGGCUCGAGUCUCCCUGGGUGUCAUCACUAUCCUUGCCAUGGGGAGCUUCCUGCACGGAGGGGAGGGUCCGAGCGUAUCCUAUGCUACAGCUCUGGACGUGUAUAUUAUCAGCUGCUAUGUGUUCGUGUUCACAAGCCUGUUGGAGUUUUCUCUGGUGCAUUGUGGAAUGACUUAUUGUGAGAAACAGGAGGCUAAGAAGGAGAGUCAAAAAGAGGCUGCUUAUGCGAUAUCUUUCAAUAAGCAGAUAGACCAAGCCGUCGUCGACUGUAAUCACUUGGCGAAUGGUAGCGCGCUCCCCACGACGUCUACCGAGUCCAUGGCAGUCCAGCCCUCGCAGUGCCAGGUGGUAAAAAGGGGCGCGUCCGUCAAAGUUAGACGGGUGAAGGACACAUAUUUGAGGUUCAACGCGGAUAAACUGGAGAGCUACACGCGGAUCAUGUUCCCGGUGGCGUUCGGGAUUUUCAACGUGGUAUAUUGGGCUAUACUGUACCAAACUUGAGUGGUAUAUUGGGUUAUACUGUACCAAACAUGAGUUGUAUAUUGGGUUUUAUAUCCAAGUGAUGAAUUGCGAAGCUUCGCUUCUCGGCCAACUGUUUAUUUUUCGUACCAUUUCUCAUUCUUGGACAUUAUCCGCCGAUAUCACAGCCGCCAGAAGGGGUUUAUUUACUAAAUACUGAACCAAACAUGAGUGUUAUAUUGAGUUAUACUGAGCCAAACAUAAGUUGUAUAUUGCAUUAUACUGUACCAAACAUGAGACUCUCCUGAAAAACAAAGGAGCUUACUC